AUGGACCAUAUAACAGAUAAAGAGAACAGGCAAGGAGUGCCUGUCUUCCAGACACCAAGGAAUGGCUUUGCAGUACCAAGCCCCUCACAGACUACUAGAGUGUGGACAAGUCCCGACAACGAGUGGAAGGUCACUACAGUGAAGAAACCAAUUCUUAAUUCAUCUGAAAUAGACGCUGCUACAGAGAAACUCGGAAUUCCAAUUCCAGAAAUGAUUUUUGGUAAUAACCAAGUAAAGAUAGAAAAUGUUCCUAGUGGCCUUUGUAUCUGUUUCAGCGCUUUAGAUGCAUUAGAUCUGGUGGACAAGACGGGAUCUCGAGAUGGUUUGGUCAAAGUGGCGUAUGCCAAAGAAUGGAUGGAUUCACGAGAGAAGAGCCCUCAUAUAAACGACGAUGUUAAGGGAAUUGUCAAGCCAUUCGACUGGACUUAUACUAGUGCAUAUAAAGGAGACACAACGGUAAAAGGAGUUUUGGCCGACCCCUGGGUUGAGGAUAAGGACGUGAUAUUGCCUAUGGAAUUGCUUUCGCGACCCGACCCAAUUCUUUUUUUUGAUGAUGUGUGCUUGUAUGAAGACGAGUUGGGUGAUAAUGGCAUUGCAAAUUUCUCAGUCAAAAUAAGAGUCAUGCCUGAAAGAUUGUUAUUAUUAAGCAGACUGUUUAUUCGUGUAGACGACGUGCUCUUUCGUGUGCGAGACACACGGAUAUUUGUGGAAUUCAGCCAAGGAGUGCUGGUGAGGGAAUAUAAAGCGCACGAAGAGACCUAUGACAAAGUCAAGAAGCGUGUUCCCAUAGGGAGCCAAGACUAUAGCCAGAAUUUGCGGGACUCCAACUGGGUUGUCAAAAAUAUCGCAUGCAGUAAAACGGUUCACGAGAUAAUUGAGUUACGAAAAUAG